AUGGACACGCCUUCGAAACGACCUUCGCCUCCCACUGAUGACCUUAGUCCGUCUGCGAAAAGAAUCAAGCCCCUCUCCGAAGUGCCUACCCAGUACAGCGAUGCCGUGCGAAAGAAACUCGCAGCCACGUCUCGGACGGGUCAGGCCUGCGAUCGAUGCAAAGAGAGGAAGAUGAAGUGCGACACAGAUCCAGUUGCCUGUCAACCGUGUCGCGUGAAGGGUCUGCGAUGCUACACCACCGAUCGUGUUACAGGGCAAGCUAGGGAAAGAGGAGAGUCAGAUCGUGCAGAAAACGAGCUCAUAUUCCUGAGAAAACAACUGGCGGCUUACCAGCACAGGUACGGUCCUCUGCAGCGGGUAGAGACCGUCGCUCCCGUGUCUGCGACGCCAAAAGAGUCUCUUCCUGUUGCAAUAAGAUGUCCUGCAACCUCUGUGCCAGAUGCACGCUACAUUGGGUGGCCUGCUCCUGAUCACUCGGAACCACUUUGUUCGGGCCCUGUCAAAGGUACCCUCGUCGACACUCUCGAUGGCACAAUCGAUAUUGCGGAUUGGGAUUGUGAAAUGAUGAGAGAAUACCCAAAGGAUACAAGGAACGUAUUCAAUUUGUCGAGAACAUCCAUCACCAACACGAUCACAGGAUAUCAGCGAGUCGAAGAUCCCAGGCUCCCUUCCAAAGAUGAAGCUUUACGAGAUGCCCAUCAUUUUCUGGUCGUAAUGUCACAAUAUGUCCCCGUGGUCCACAGACCGAGCUUCAUGGAACUCGUCCACAGAUUCUAUGACGACCGGAGUUCGGUGUCAGCGGCGGAGCGGGUCCAAGUGGUGAUGGUGUUUGUCAUUAUCUCCCAUCAAAUGGCAGUUAGAAACCACCUUCAUUCCGCCGAGAAGUUCGAGGAUUCACAGCGUUACUUACAUUACGCCCUGGGAUUCUACCGCGACCUGUUCCAUGACCGGUCAAUCGCUUCCAUGCAAGCUAUGGCGUUGAUCAUUGUCCAUUUUCGGACCCUCCCCAAACCGGGGGUGUCUUGGACUUACAGUCACAAAGUCCUUGUGCGUGCAAUCGAGUUAGAAUAUCAUCGAGAUCCCGAUAAGAUUGAACUCCCAGAAGGUGAAAACGACCCACUCUCCAAGGAGCUUCGAAAAAGGAUCUUCCAUUCUAUGUUGGCCGUGUGUGUGACGACGGGAUGUCGGGUUGGUUUGCCUGCUCCAUGGCAAUUCCAGCAUAUUGAUUUGCCUCUUCCCAAAGCUCUGAAAGACUCUGAAAUAUCCAAGCACGGCAUUUCUUCUGACCUUUCGGGCCAUUGUGAUUUCUGGCCCUGUUUACACGUGGCUAAACUACUCCCUCUGUUAACAGAACUUCAUAACAACAUCAUUGCUGUAAGAAAACCCGCUGCGGAAUAUCUUCGAACUGUGGAAGCAUUGAAUACCAAGAUCAUCGCCUGGCGACAAGACUGGGAGGAAUCGACCAAAUCGGAGCCCAAGCAUGUCAAUCUCGUGGUGGCGACCCUACUCAUUGAAACGUGGGCAGCUGAAUAUCAGUUGAAUCUUCAUCAUCCCGUAUGUUGUACAAGCGAUGAUCCCGACGUGAUGGAUCGACGUCUAGAUAUGUGCCACAAGGCGUCAAAACGUCUCUUGCAAAAUUUUCAUAUCCUAUCGAGCAAGUACAAAGGUGUCGACUUUACGUGGCACUCAACCUUGGCUUACGCCACGGGGUUUGGUAUCACGCUGUACAUCUAUAGGAGAAGAAUAGCACCAGUAACGAUGGAACAAUUUGAGGCCAUGACGAACGAGUUGAAAGGCUGGAUAUCACUAAUGGCGUAUGCAGAUCUAGUUAUGAGAACCGGUAACCAUUUGCAACGACAGUUUCAGCCUCGUGUCCAGGCUCUCGAAGAAGAAUAUCGGAAAGUUUUGGUCGACAAUUCCUCGAGACAAACUACUGUUCAAACACCAUUUAUGCCUGUCAACGGCUCCAACACUCCAUCUACCCAUAAAUUCGAGCUACCUAACUCGCUUCCAUAUCAGGAAAAUCAGAAUCCAUCAAAUCAGAUGAAUCACCUCCCUCAACCUCUGUACAUGCAAAACCAAGUGAGGAAUCACAACCAGCCCCAGUCUCCAUCGAAUCGUCAUCCGCCGCAACAGCAAUGGCAGCCCCCAUUCACCCUCUUACCCCAAUCCCAAGGUCAAGGCCAACAACCAGGCCCUACCUCUCCCAUAUAUCCCGCCUUCUCCCAAUCUCCCGCGACCGGCCCUUCUAGAACGACACCAACCCAGACAAUUCCCACAUCGCUAGCCUCUUUGCUCAACGACUCCAACAGUAUGUAUGUCAGCUACCCGACGUCUCCGCAGACACAAAACGGCCUAGGUGGUGGCGACCCCAUGAUGAACUUCUCGCCCAGCCAUUACUUUGACGGACUUGGGCCCCUGGGUUGGCCGCUUAUUACUAUGCCGCCAGGACAGCAGUCGUAA